AUGAACACAUUGAAAGAUAUAUGUCUCAAAUUUAGUAAACAAUAUAUGACAAGACAUAUUAUUGAUGGUGGAUCAUGGAUAGGCAAAAACGGUUUAAGGGAAACCUGUGGAAAAGCUAUUGCAAAAUACAUGCAACAAAACUCUGAUAGGAAAUUCUAUGAAACUUUGCUCGGUGCGUCCAGAGAAUUUGCAGACAACAACGGUACAGGUUUGACCCCUGGAAGAAUGUUAAAAGACAACACAUUUGCUCUAUUUAGACAAAGCAAUGGACAUAUCAUCAUUGGAAUAGUGCUUUUUUCUAAAGUAUACCAUUUGUAUAUCAAAUAUCCAUCCGCACAUGCUGUUAACAACAAUUAUUGUCUAGCACUCAAAUAUGCUGAUAAUAUAUACAUGCCACUAGAUGAAUUGAAGGUUGUUUGUCUAUUAGACAUGCAUCUGAAAAACAUUCCAAUUUCUUUAAGUCAUUUUUUAGUUCUCUUCUGUUAUACUAGAAAUACAUUUGUAGAUGUCUGUACUGCAAGCAUUCCCUUAUAA